CCACUGCCGUUGACCCUACCAUUCUUGCUGCUGGCAUCAAGUUAAUUAGCCUGGGCAACCUCGUGGGAGUAUUUACCGAAACGGUAAUGCAAAUAGACCUGCCAAUUCUCUGGCCGCCUCCUACGCCAUGUCCGAUUCCCGGUCACACGCCUCUUCCUCUAGUAGCCGGUCACGCACCGUGCGCUCCCAGAAGAUAGCUGAAGCCGAAUCUUCACCUCGAGGUGAGGUGUCCGAGCGAGCCCCUCCCCCGGUCCGAAGCCACACGCCAGGCCACCUCGCCUCCAAGAGCCAGAGUACAAGCAAUGGUGGUCCGUCGUCGAGCAGUAGACGCAAGGCGUCCGAAACUUCAAUACGUCAGCGCUCGCAAUCCGUUUCCUCUAAAUCUGCUUAUCCGCCCCCGUCGACGACCCCAGCUCCUAUGCCUCCCUUACGGCGCAAUGGUGAAGCCCAGAAUGACUUGCCCACCGGGUCUUCAACCGACGCCAAAGAUUCCGAAUCCCAACGUCCGUUAGUAAUGCGAUCGACAUCUGCCAUAGCCUCCAAGGCCUCCUCGUUGGGUAUUACGAGCUCAACGACACCUCGCAAACAGGGGACGUCCUCGCGACAACCGAAACCGGCUCACACGCCAUUCCCACCUCUUCAAGACCCUUCAACUGCCGCUGAUGUUCUCCCAGCGCCCUCGUCUGGCAUGUACUGGUCCCGUGCGCCUGUGUCGGGAGCACCACAUAAACCUUUGCGAGCCCAUACCACGACUCUCGUAGGCAAUAAUGUAUACGUAUUUGGAGGUUGUGAUAGUCGUACUUGCUUCAACGACCUAUACGUCUUAGAUGCCGACUCGUUUCACUGGAGUGUGCCCCACGUCACGGGCGACAUCCCUAUCCCCUUGCGAGCAAUGACAUGCACGGCUGUGGGCAAAAAACUAGUAGUCUUCGGAGGAGGCGAUGGUCCAGCCUAUUACAAUGAUGUAUAUGUCCUGGAUACCAUGAAUUUCAGGUGGCACAAGCCACGAAUCAUAGGCGACCAAAUGCCCAGCGCGCGUCGUGCGCACACCGCAUGUCUGCAUAAAAAUGGCAUAUACGUCUUCGGUGGCGGCGACGGUGUCCGCGCCCUGAACGACAUAUGGCGUCUCGACGUCUCUGACAUGAGUAAAAUGAGCUGGAGACUAGUGUUAGGCCCAGACAAGAGCUUACCCAGCGGUACAAAUGGUAGCGACGUGGGAGCCGGGGUGAAUAAACCCAAAGCCCGCGGAUACCACACUGCCAACAUGGUUGGCAGCAAGCUGAUUAUAUAUGGAGGAUCGGACGGCGGCGAAUGCUUCAACGAUGUCUGGGUAUAUGACGUGGAUGCGCAAAUCUGGAAGCCUGUGCCGAUUCCCGUCCCGUUCCGGAGGCUCUCACAUACUUCGACGCUCGUGGGCUCGUAUCUGUUCAUAAUCGGUGGUCACGACGGCUCCGAGUACUCGGAUGACGUACUCCUAUUGAAUCUCGUGACCAUGUCCUGGGAUAAGCGCAGCGUUUAUGGUCUGCCACCCACGGGUAGAGGUUACCAUGGCACGGUGCUUCACGACAGUCGAUUGCUGAUGAUCGGUGGGUUCGAUGGGGUCGAGGUGUUCAGCGAUGUCUGGAUUCUCGAGCUCGCUGUCCACGCAUAUUAUUCGCAGAUCAGCCAUUUCACCAUCGAGGUCUAAGAGGAUGCACCCAAGAUUCUUCGUUCAGCUGCCUUUCUUUCAUUGUCAGUCUUAUUUUUCCCGAGUUGUAGGACAGAUGUGUAAGAUAGGUGAAGUGGAAAAAGUAUAAAUAGUACUACGAGAUCACGAUUAAUCUGCUUGGCUUAUUUGUUUGUUAGUUUUGGUGGUUUCAUGUGUUUUGUGUUUUGUUUGUCAUACCGCGAGCAUAUAUAGCGUGGAUUGCGACCGGCGAUGGGUUGGGUUGGGUUGGUAUUCGCCGGACUUCUCCCUCAAGGUUUAAU